CUUUGACAGCCCGGAAUGUGACAGUAGAGAAAUUUACGAAAAGCUGAUGCAAUAUCGCCGAAGUGGGUUGGUUCGUUCGCCCCGGAAAGAAUAAAAUAAACGUGCGCAAAGAUUGUUGUAAGCUAGUUAAAAAGUACCACAAGUGAAAGAGCAAAUCAUGGCGGAAGACGAUGCGAUCUUUGACCCUUCCUUGAUGAAGAAAAAGAAAAAGAAGAAGACUCCGUUCGAUCUGGACGCGAUGGCUGGUGCUGGGGCGGAAGAACCGGCUGCAGAGGCAGAAUCGGCCGUGCCGAGCGAAUCGAAACCGGUCGCCGACGGAGAGGACGAUUUGGAUCUGGAGAACUUUAACAAGAAAAAGAAGAAGAAGAAGAAGCCGUUCAAUUUGGACGAGCUGGAAGGUGCCCUACCCUCCGGCGCAGGGGAAGGUGACGCGGAUGCGAAGGAAAGCAAGGAGGAGGGUGAAGCGGGCGGCGACGAUGGGCUGGACGAGGACUUUAAGCUGGACUUUAGCAUGAAAAAAAAGAAAAAGAAGAAGAAGGAUCUGACGGAGCUGAUGGAGCAGGAACAGGUUGAUGGGCAGGAUGGGCAGGACGACGAGAAGGAAAAUGAUUUUACAUGCCUUACCGAGAGCGACGGGAUCGUCACCGAAACUGUGGAUGAAAAUGUUACUUCCUGGGCUGGUUCGGAUCGUGACUACACGUACGAUGAGCUGCUGAACCGUGUGUUCGAGAUCAUUCUGGACAAGAAUCCGGAGAUGGCCGGCGGCCGUAAGCCGAAGUUUGUGAUGCGUCCACCGCAAGUGUUGCGUGUCGGCACGAAGAAGACCUCGUUCGCCAACUUUACCGAAAUCUGCAAAACGCUCCAUCGACUACAGAAGCACGUGCUCGACUUUCUGCUAGCUGAGUUGGGUACGAGCGGUUCGGUCGACGGUAACAAUCAGCUCAUCAUCAAGGGUCGCUUCCAGCCAAAACAGAUCGAGAACGUGCUGCGAAGAUACAUCAAGGAGUACGUCACCUGCCACACCUGCCGCUCGCCGGACACCAUCCUCCAAAAAGACACCCGCCUGUUCUUCCUGCAGUGUGAAUCUUGCGGGUCCCGGUGUUCCGUCGCUAGUAUUAAGUCUGGUUUCCAGGCCGUCACCAGUAAACGUGCCGCGAUGCGUGCAAAGACAGCCUAGACGGGCGUGACGCGAAGAGGCAAGAACGGUCACGCGCACGGUCCCGGCGGCGCUUGGUGUUCAUAUGGCACGGAUGGUAAGGUGGAAUGAUGCAUCUUUUCCGGUUCUGCUUUACUUUAUUCUGCCCCUUCAUUUUGUGGUCCCUUUCGCCCAUCGUUCGUUCGCUCGCGAUGGGUCAUCUUUCCUCAGGGCGGUGCUUCGAUGAGUCGAUCUGUCGAACGUCCCUGCCCACUAAACUCUAUUUGAUUGAUAAAAAAUCCUACGUUGUUUUCUUGUGGUGGUUUUCUUUUCGAGUCGUACGAGAUGUUAGCGACGAAUUAUUCCAUACGAACGAACCAACCAAGCCUCUUGUACUUCUCAAGGAAAAUAAAUGAUAACUAGCAUUUGCAACAGAGAAA